CUCCGUUCCCAACAGUUUGAGAUCAAAUCAUCUCCUUCGUUCUCUUUUGCCUUUCCCGGGAGACAUACUCGUUGGCCCUCGUCUUUAUCCCAUCGUACAACGACCGAUUUCGCGUCAAAUAUGACUGCCUUCUUUAGCCAUCACCUUGAGACGGAGCGACUCCCGUCCGGCGUGUUCUUUGCGAACCCUGGUCGAGCUCCUCCUGGGCUUGAUUUGGAGGCAAAUGCCCACCCAUUUAUUGCCUCAGUCUUUCCCACGUUCCCCAAUCACCAGAAACAGUUGGCCGUUGGUCAGAAGCCAGCUUUAUGCCUACCUCUUCUGGACGUUACGGUGAACGUACGUGUGGACUCAGCCAUCGCGAGCACGAAGCUCGUUCAGAGAUUCACAAACAUAUCCGCAGACAACAUCCCAGAAGCACAUUACACAUUCCCACUGUAUGAUCGCGCAGUUGUCACAUCAUUUCGAUGCGAGAUUGGCGACUCGAAGCUGUUGGAGGGUCAGGUCAAGCCGAAGGCGGAUGCUAAGCGGGAGUAUACCCGGGCGAUUGAGAAGAUGGAGGCUGCCGCACUCCUUGAAGAGCAUACUCCAGAGGUUUUUGAGACCAGGAUCGGUAAUAUUCCUGGAAAGUCUGUUAUCAGGGUCGAAAUCACGUACGUGAAUGAGCUGGAGCCGGAUUUGGGAGGGGAUGGUGUGCUCUUGACCAUACCUACCUCCAUUGCGCCGCGAUAUGGGCACUCACCUCAGGGUAUCUCAAGCGCAUCUGAGGUGACCGAGACCGGACUCAGGAUCGAUAUUGCCGUGAUUUCUUCAGGUCAUGUCAAGAAGCUCGAGAGUCGCACCCAUCCUGUGUCGGUCGAGUUUGGAAGAGCCAGUCAGCCUCCAGAGGCCAGCAGCUUCAGCGACCUUGCAAAACAGAAGAGCAGAGACGAGGCAUACGACCCGAGAAGAGCAAUGGCACAUCUUGCUGAAAGAGACGCAAGCAUGGGGAAAGACUUUGUCCUCCUAAUUCAGACGUCUGGAUCAUCGCUGUUGCGUUCUGGCGCUGUUCUCUCGCCUCCUAAUGCAGUCGGCCACUCGGCACUCAUGGUCACUGUCAAGCCAAGCGAGCUCUUUACAGACCUGCCCACUCUGGAUGGAUUCAAUGGCGAAAUCAUCUUUCUCGCUGAUCGGUCUGGCUCCAUGGCAGGCAGCAAGAUCAACACACUUCGAGAUGCUCUUGGCGUGUUCUUGAAGAGUCUUCCUGGGACCUGCUUCUUCAACCUUUUUUCCUUUGGAAGCGACUUUUCCUCGUUAUGGGACACCUCCGAGCCAUACAACCAGCAGAAUCUAGAAACCGCAGUGGCUCACGUCUCGGGAUUCCAGAACGACAUGGGCGGAACUAAGCUUCUUCCUGCUUUGAAACAGGUUGUUGAACGUCGGAUCAAAGAUGCCAGCUCGACACAGGUCAUUCUGCUCACAGAUGGUGAAGUUUGGAAGACUGAAGAAACCAUCGGCUUUGUUCGCAAAACAGCUUCUGAACUUGGGGAACAGGUCAGAUUCUUUGCCCUCGGAAUUGGAAACGAGGUAUCGCAUCGCCUGAUCCAAGGCAUAGCGGGGGAAGGUGGUGGCCUUGGCGAGGUGGCUGGGGUUGAUGGUCAGGGAGACUGGCAGGGAAGAGUCAUUCGCAUGCUCAGUGGCGCCUUGAUGCCAAAGAGCUGGACGUACCAAAUCGACCUUGGACCUGAGUACGCAGUCAAGUCCCUGGAAGUUGAUGACUUUAUGGAAGUCGGAUCCAAUAGCAGCGCCUCGUCAGCCGCAAAUCUCGCCAGCUAUAUCCAAGCCCCGCGCCAAAUUCCUGCACUUCAUCACUUCAACCAGAAAUCGGUCUUCUUCCUGAUUUCGUCGAAGUCCGGAAAUCCCCCUACCGAAGUAACUGUCACAGCAAAGGCAGAUGGGGGGUUAACUUCGACAACUAAUCUACCAGUGAUUCCAACAGUCGAAGACGCAAGCACAAUUCAGCACCUAGCUGUUAAAGCUGCGUUGGUGGAUCUUGAAAGUCACACUAUCCAAGACGUUUCGCAGAUAACGGCUCGCCAGAACGCCGAGCGAAUGGGAGAGAUGUACUCAAUAUCAAGCAAGUGGACCAGUUUUGUUGCCGUGGAUCGAGCAACACAGGCCAUCGAUGAGAUCAACAUGUAUAAGGCGCCAUCCAAAGAAUUGAGCCUCCUGACAAGCCCGGCACGUCAGCGCGCGUGGCUGACGGCACCACGGGGAGUGCGCUAUGCUGCAUCAUCAGGCUCUUCGUCGAUCGGUAACGACAAUAUUUGCUUGCCACCGCCGCCGCCACCACCACCUUAUAUUUCGAAUGCUCCGAGUCACGCGUGCUCAUAUAUUGGACGUCCCCGCUGCCGAUCCCGGCAAUCGUUUGCAUCCGCGACAUAUCUUGAACCUCUGUGUGCAAAUUCUCCUUCUUCGUCUAGCGAUUCCUUUGAUGAUCUAUCUUGGAAACCGUCUUGCGCAUCCUUUGAUGAAGAACCGAAAAACAAGCUUCUGCAUAGGAGAUACCUCCCCAGAUGCGCCAAGCUACCACACAAAAGCUCUGGCCCGGCACCAACGGAAAUGACGGACAUUCAUGGCACCGACCCAUUGGAGAAGGGUUUUGGCCAUCACAGCCAAGUACGCGAGUUUCUUGAAACUCCACCGACCAUCGAUGCUUAUAUAGCCAUCUCAAUCGAUAGCCCCUGGUCCGACAUUGUGGCCUCACAAACUGCAAAGGGCAUCUUCCAGCUAGAUGAUGACCUUCGCCGCAAACUAGCGAAUCAUUUCUGCCCUGCAACGCGAGGAUCCGUGCUCACACUCAUUGGAGACCUGAACGAUGAGGGCGAGCCAGGUGAGGACCGAGAUGCUGUGGUGGAUACCUUGAUGAUGAUUUGCUACGUGGAGACACAUCUGUAUCAGAAGAAGGACCUCUGGGACUUGAUGAUACGGAAGGCCGAAAACGCGGUAGCGACUUAUCUCCCCAGCGUUCAGAUACGAGUCCAGGUCCAACAAACUCUGAAGUCUUCAAUCGUACAUCUGCACGACCGUCGGUACAAGCCUCAGAUGGACCUUGCGUCUCCUCAAUCCAAGAAACGGGCUUCCUGCCUCGUCUGCGCGGCAACGGCUGGCGAAGCUGCGGAAGCUCCGGAAGCUCCGAAUUCUUUAGGGGCUAACCUUUGUUGUGGAUUUGACGAGUGCGAGGAUGUUUUCGAGAAUCAGGAAGACCUUUGGGUACAUCAAGUUUCCAAGAGCCAUGUGAAGUGUGAAACGGAAGAAGACACUACUCCCAUCCAAGGCCAGGAGGUAGAUGUCCAAAGGCCUCAAGAAGGCCAAGAGGUUAUUAAACACGGCGACGAGGAACUGCAAAUUGAUCAAGGAAAGAAGAAGAGGAGCAGUUGGAUCAGUUCUGAAGGCGGGAAGGGUUCCUUGGUAAACGCUAUGACAAAACUUAAGGCUGGGCUGCGGUUCCGGAGACAGAGCUGAUUAACACUUUGGUCAAUCAUUGCUACAACUAUUCGCAGGAAAUUUUGAUUAGGCAAAGCUGCGCGAACACAGAAACGCCAAACUAAAUUUGAGAUGUGCCACAAGAGUUGCAUGCGCGAAUUGAAUAGCAAAAGAACCACGCGAAACCCCGGUCGGCCUUGACCAAGCAUCAGUUCAUGCAAUGAUACCACACCAGCCUCCCAUGCAUACUACAAGCGAUACUUUAAUGUACCAAUGCACCUCGUAUGAUUAGAACUCAAGUCUUGCUUGCGUGAUAUAGGC